AUGAAAGCGGCGGUUUAUAUCAUUAACAGAUCGCCCACGAAGCUGCCAGACGGUCGGUGGAUCAUCCCUUGGUCGGAGGCCUCGGAGAUCGAUGAGAGCAAGCCAAAACCUCGCCCAAACCUCGCUAACCUCCGGGUAUACGGUUGUAAGGCGUAUGUGCGUCGUUACGGGCUACCGCGAACCGAGAAGAUGCAAGAACGCGCAGAGAUCGGUUAUCUUGUCGGUUAUACCGCUUCAAAUAUUUGGAGGGUGUGGUUUCCACAGAGAGGUGCUGUCAGAGACGUUCGCGACGUUGUAUUCGAUGAGAACGCUCGCUUCGACCCAAAAGACCUCGAAGCACCGCCAGUUAGAGAUGUGAUCGAAGCUAUGCCAUGGUCAAUUGGGGAUGAUGAUGAGGAGACUUACCAGCCAUUCUCUAUACAAAUGGGACUUGAAGAGCUCCCACCACAGCAGCAAGGAGGCAUUCAGCAGCCUCAGCAGGAGUUAGCGGACAGGAGCACUGCGGCAGGAGCAGGGAAACCACAGGAAGCAGUUUCCUCACGCCCGCAGGCGGAUCAACCGAUAACACCCUCGCCGACGCCUUCGGUGGGCGUCCCUCUACCCCCUCCGGCAGUAGGGAGAUCGACUGCAUCAAUUCAACCACCUGGAGCGUUCCCUCAUGAUGUCACGCCUACACCGGCGUUAAGAGAAACGCCAAGGUUAACAGCAACAGAUCUAGCGACCUCUGUAGCACUAGACCCGGCUACACAGUUGCAACAAGAGCUGGAGACCUCUCAGACCACAGAGAUUGAAGGGUAUCGCCCGAUCGGUGCCCUUGCGCCUAGAGAUAUCAGUUCGUCGAUCUCGAAAGGGAACAUCGUCACCGGCAAGAGGAGAAGAGGCCGUGAGGACAUUGCGCAGUUCGUAUCGCUCGAAGCACCUGAAGAACACCAUUAUGGCGCGUUAGCAGCGUUCGCAACAGGCCUAAAUCCUCCACAGCAGUACCGAAGACCUCACCGAGACGACUUACCCCCAGAGCCAGAGAACUGGUAUGAGCUGAUGAAACACCCUCACCGCGAUGGAUUCGUCAAUGCAGCGCAUGAGGAGGUUAAAACACUGGAAAGAAAGGGCACCUACCAAGAAGUGCAGCGACCAACUGACCGUGGCGUCCAGGUCUUGCCGCUGAAAUGGGUGUUCACGUACAAAUUCGACAGCGAUGGAUUCAUGAUCAAAUACAAAGCAAGAAUCUGCGUGCGCGGAGAUCUCCAGGCCAUCACCGCCGAAGAGAAGUAUUCCGCUACCUUAGCAGUUCGCACGGCUCGAGCUAUCUUCGCCCUCGUUGCCGCUUUUGAUCUUGAUACGGCUCAGUUUGAUGCUGUUAACGCAUUUCUGAACAGCCUGCUUGACGAAGAAGUCUAUGUGGAACUGCCUCCUGGACUAUUCUCUGGUAAUAGGAAGAUGAGGUGCUGGAAGCUCCUCCGAGCACUGUACGGUCUGCGGAAGUCUCCACGCCUCUGGCAGCGAGAGGCCUCGCGGAUACUCACGUCUCUUGGUCUCACAGUCGUUCAGGAAGAUCUCUGUCUCUUUGCCACCGAUGGAGUUAUCGUUUUCUUCUACGUGGACGAUAUCAUCGUUGUCAGCCACCCUAGUCAACGCCAGAAAGCUAGUCAAAUCUGUCAACAGCUCCGACUGGCCUGGGAACUCAGGGAAAUGGGCGAAGCUCAGUGGUUUCUGGGUAUUCGAAUCGUCAGGAAUCGUCAAAAGGGCGCUCUCUGGUUAUGUCAAGAUACGUACAUCACUACUAUGGCUAACCGGUACCAUCUCACUAGCGAGAGACGUUACGAGACCCCUCUACCGGCGACGACCCUGGAAUAUUUCGAUGGAACCGCCACCGAUGGCCAGAUACACGAGUUCAGUGAGAAGGUCGGAUCUGCACAGUACGCCACUACCAUCACCAGGGUAGAUUCUGCCAAAUCCACCGCGGCGCUAGCUCAGUUCCUGUCAAAUCCCUCACCUUCCCACAUCCACGGUAUCAACCGUCUCAUCGCAUACCUCUACCAGACGAAGAACCGAGCGAUCUGCUUCAAAACGCCUACACCAGGGGAAGAGACGCAAGCAGUGCAGUUCUUUAGCGAUGCAUCAUACGGCGAUAAUCCCGACCGGAAAAGCUCAGAGGGAUACAUCUGCCUAUUAUUUGGAGGACCGGUUGACUGGAAGGCCUCUAAGCAGAAGACCGUUACUACCAGUACUACCGAAGCUGAGCUGCUCGCUCUAUCGGAGGCAGGAAGGUCACUUUGCAUGUGGGCGCGUCUCUUUCAUACUAUCCGUUUCUCACCUGGUCAACCAUUAUCUCUGCGCUGCGAUAACCAGCAGACCGUUGGACUUUUGACGAAAGAGACUCCCCAGCUGCGCACGAAGCUUCGCCAUGUGGAUAUACACCAUCACUGGCUCCGUCAAGAGGUUCAAAAUAAGCGGAUACCAGUUGAAUGGGUACCAUCAGCGAAUAUGGUGGCCGACGGCCUUACGAAGCUUCUUCCCCGGCAGAAGUUCGUGGAAUUCGUUCGCCAGCUAGGCAUGGAAGAUAUCGUGAUGACCGCCAGCGAGGUGUAG